AGUAACAACUCUACGCUCUUUUUUCGUUGUUUCAUAUACAUUCAGCUGUCUUUACGAUGUUGACAGUUUUUGACGAUUAGGGAAUAGGAAGUUUUCAAACGGAGUAAACAUUUGGAAAUAUAAUCGAAACAAGAAGCAGCAGCAUGUAUCAAGUGAGAGAAUAUCUCUAUUGAAAUCUUCGUGGAAGUCGAUCAACGAUAACCAUGACACGAACAAACAGGAAAAGAUGUCGCAACAUAGAAGAAGAAUCUAGCGACUUUAUGCCAUUGAGCAAACGAAUUAACAAUCUUCAUAUCAACGGUUUAUCGGGCCUACGAGAGAACACGGUGGAGAAUAUGGAAACUGAUUGGGAGAGUGGAAAUUUCAUGGCGUCUCCAAGCUGCUCAGAGAUAUCUCAAAAUUCAUCGCCCAGAGGCAGUUGUGGUUCCAGCCAAAGCAGUUUUACCAGUGAUUACAGACCAGAUUUGGAUGCGACGGAAAAUCCUUUUUAUUACGAGAGCAAUAAAUUGCUCUUUUCUUUAUACAUGGAACGUAUGCAGAGGAGACCAGAUCUCUAUUGACGAACGCACGUUUCACUUGCGAAGGAUCUUGAGAUUUAGUCAAGCCCAGUAAACGAGAAUGGAUCGAAAUGGGUUGAAAUGGAUUCAGAUUUUCAGAGAUAUAGAUUCAGGAACGUUAAAAUGAAUGCUUUUCAAUCCUGAAUGCAUUUUUAUUCAUUUAUAAGAAUCGCAUGGAGCAUAUCUCUAUGCCUUUCAAUCUAAAAGUAAUAUCAGCUUUUUCAUCGUGUGC